AUGGAUAUUCAAAAUGCAAACGUAUUGAGAGACAAGACAGAUGAGUUGAUGCGGAGAAGUAUAUCAAAGAUUGUACAAUGUAUAUUAUCAUCGAGAGUUGAGCUAUUACAACAGUUUAAAAAGAUAAAUAAACAUUUUCACAUUGAAACAGAGGAUUCAGAACAAGUACAGAAACAGAUCGAUAAGAAUAUUUUUGCAAGGAAUGGAAUUAGAACACUCUUUGUAUUGGAGAUACACUUUGACGAAGGUGGUGAACUACUUGGUAUUAACACAUUGGUAGAGUCUUGGAGAUUCGUAUUCGAACCAUUUAAAGAUGUAGAUACAAGUUUUGAAUUGCCAAAACUAUAUAGAAACGUAAUACUACUAGUUAGAACACUCUAUUCAUUCUUGAGAAAUAUACCAUGUUACAGUGUCUACAAGAACUUCACAAGGAAUCGAUCAUCCACCUCAAAGCUAAAAUAUCAAUUUAGAAUUUGUGAUUUCAAUUCCAUUCUUUCUCCUUCUUUUUCACUUUCUAUACCAACUAAAUCAUUUACUUUCACAUCGAUUCCUACACCUCUUGGUGUUUUGAAGUUGGAUGUCAACUACCGAGAGGAUCUCAGUAAAGAGAUAUCCAUUAGUUCACAGCUUGGUUUGGAUUCACAGUUUAUAAUCAAAGACUAUAAUAACAAUCAUUUCAAAUCAACUGAACCACAACCAAUUCAAUCACAACAACAACAAUUGCAGCAGCAACAACAACAGAAGAGUUACUAUUAUGGCGGUAGCUAUGGAAGUAAUAGCAAUAGUAAUAAUCCAAAUAUUCCUGCACCCUCACAGUCAUUACCUAUCAAACAACAACAGACAGCACAACAGCAGCAACAACAACCUAUUUACUAUCCACAGUCCUAUGGCAGUGGCGGAGGUGGCAGUGGCGGAAGAAACAUGAGUAGCAAUCAAUUGGUAUCGAGCGAUCCUUAUAAGCCGUCGUCAGUAGGAUCGAGCGAUUCCUACGAUUAUUAUGGAGGAACAAACACUGUUGGAAGUGGAGGUGGUCUUGGAAGUUAUAACAACAGUUUUGCACAUCAAUAUCUUCAACAGCAACAGCAACAACAAGACAAACAAACCAAUCCAAUUGGUAUACCCGGAACCAAUAGUAAUAAUAAUAAUACCAAUAUCUAUGGCAGCUCCAGUUCAAACAAGAGGAAUAACAACUCACCUGGUGGUGUCAACCUUGUAUCUUCACCACAAACCUCAACUUCCCCACCAUUCUUUGUAAAUGCCAAUAACAGUGCUUCACCUUUUCCAAAACCAUCUGGGGCAGGUGGUAGUUCACCUCCAUUCUCUAGUGGUGGUGGUACAUCACUCCUACAUCAACAAAUGCAGCAGCAACAGCAACAACAACAAUCUCAACCCUCUUAUCCUUUAACAGUUAGACAAGUCACACCAAGCAGUGGAACUACUAAUAUAUCACCUGGACAACAUAGACAUAGAUCAAUCUCUGCACCAAUAACAAUACAUCAACAACAAUAUCAACAGUUACAACAGCAACAGCAACAACAACAACAAUUACAAACUCAAUCCAACAGUUAUCGAUCAGGUCGAUCACCUCCUAUGAAUAUUCACACUGGAUUCUCACCACCAAAUUACAGCGGAACAUCUCCCCCUCUUUACAACUAUACCAAUCCUCUUUUGAAUAACAACAAUAGUAACAAUAACAAUAACACAAACUAUGGUAGUUAUGGCUCACAACAGAAUCAAGUAUCGAGUGGUGGUGCCGGUAUCAAUAUCAAUCUCAACAGCUAUUCAAAUAGUUCAUCAAACAACAACAGUGGAGUCAACAACAAUAGUAAUAACAACAAUCAAACAACAACAUCAUCAUCAUCAUCUUUUAAAAACUCUAUCAAUUCAAAACUCAGUCAGAUACACGGUCCUCUGCUCCUGACAGACGUCCACAAAGAACUUCAAGUCAAGAACACAAUAGAACCACUCACUACGCAAUCUGCUAUCGACACUGAAGAACCGGUGUUUGCAUCGGCAGUCAGCUCAUCAUCGAAAGUAAACGAUAGUGACGUCGGUGAGUUUGUCAGACUCUGUAAGAUCGCACCACCUCUCAAACUGUUUGACACCAACUACACAACAGAAUCACCUAUUAAACUUGAUCAAGAUGUAUUGGAAUUAAGUAAAAUAGCAAACAACAAUACAAAAUAA